AUGUCAAAUAUUAAUUAUACUAAUUUUAUUGUAUUAAAUAAUAUGAAUUCAACAAAUAAUUAUAUUAAUACAAGUUUAUUAGAUCAUGAUUUUUUAUUAAAUAAUUAUGAAAAUUUACCACUUGUUGAACGUUUAACAAUAUAUAUAACAUUUAUUGUAUCAAUUAUUGGUAUUAUUGGUAAUAUAUGUACAAUAAUUGUAUUAAAUCAAAAUACAAUGCGUCAAUGGCGUUCAUCAAUGUUAUUAACAGCAUUAGCUGUAACAGAUUUUGUUUAUUUAUCAAUUAUAUUUUUAUCAAUUAUUGAUAUAUUAACACAUCAAACAAUUGGUCUUCAUCGUUCAUUAUUACUUUGUCAAAUAACUGUUUAUAUAACACAUGUUUGUUCAUUUUUAUCAGCAGCAUUUACAUUAUCAUUUACAUUACAACGUUUUGUUGCUGUUCUUUUUCCAUUACAUGCAUAUACAAUAAUAUCACAUCGUUCAUCAAUUAUAAAUAUAUUAUUACUUAUAUUUAUUAGUUGUACAUUUUAUUUAUUUAGUUUUUUUGUAACAAAUAUAUCUCAUGGACAAUGUCGAGAAGAUGAAACUUAUCCAGCUUUAUUCCCAUUAUUAAUUGUUGAUAUAUGUUUAACAUUUGUUAUACCAUUUAUAUUUAUUCUUCUUUUUAAUUUUGCUAUUGUUUAUAAAUUACAUUCAAGAAAAAAAUUUACUGAUGCUUUCGAAUCGGCACUAGGAGAAAGUUGUCGACGAAAAACAUCAGAUGGUCUUAAUGAAAGACAACGAUUAUAUAAAUUGAAUACUCAUAUAAUUGAUGAUAAUGAUUAUAUUCAAUUAAAAAAAGGAAGGAAAAUAAUUACUUCUCAAAUUACUACACCAUGUCUCGAAUUCAAGAAAUCAGAUCGUGAAUAUUUAACACGUCAUAAUAAUAUAAACAAUCAUCAUCAUCAUCAUCAUCAUCAUAAUACAGUAACAACACCUAGAUUUUCAUAUGAAUCAGUUACACCAAUAGUAAAUGGAAUAAAACAACAACAACAAACAAUAUCACAACGUACAACAAAAAUGCUUGUUAUAUGUUCAACAACAUUUUUAAUAUUUAAUUCACCUUAUUGUGCUGUUUUAUGUUAUUCAAUAAUAUCUAAAAAUGUUUUAACACGUACAUUAGAUAUAUUAAGACAUUUUUAUUUUAUGUCAUUUUGUUUAAAUUUUUUUCUUUAUUCAUUAUGUGGAAAUCGUUUUCGUCAUGAACUUAUUUUAUUAUUAAGAAGAUAUUAUCGAAAAUGUUUUACAAAUUUAUUUCGUCAUAAUUGUUUACAUUUUUAUAAAAUUCCAAGAGAACCAAGUAUUUCACAUACAACGGCACGAACUAUUAUUUAA